UUGUUUUAUAAAUUAAAAAAAAAUACUCUAGAACAGAAGAGAGAACCCAGAUCCGAAAUUACAUAAUAGCCCCUUCUUUCUUCUUCCUCUCAUUCCAGCUUUGUUCCUUCUUCUCCUCUUCGUUUGUUAGCGGUUUUCUCUUUUUCUUCACUCCGCUGCUGUAGAAAAUAGAAACUCAUUAUGGUGGCCACUGGUGCUGCAUCUUCAUUUUUCCCUGUUACUGCAUCCCUGCCAGACUCUGGUGGUAACAAACUUGGUGGUGGGCAAGCGAACAUUGGUGGGCUUAAAUCUAAACCUGCAUCUUCUGGUGGCUUGCAAGUAAAGGCAAAUGCUCAAGCUCCUCCAAAGAUUAAUGGAACCAAAGUUUCUACAUCUGUAGAUAACUUUAAGUAUGAGGAUCUUUUGCCUUCGUCGCAAUCCUCGAGGACUUUUAUCAACCAGUUGCCUGACUGGAGCAUGCUUCUGGCUGCCAUCACUACUAUUUUCUUGGCAGCAGAGAAGCAGUGGAUGAUGCUUGACUGGAAGCCAAGACGAUUUGACAUGCUUAUUGACCCCUUUGGUAUAGGCAAAAUUGUUCAGGAUGGUCUUGUGUUCAGUGAAAACUUUUCUAUUAGAUCAUAUGAAAUUGGUGCGGAUCGAACGGCGUCUAUAGACACAAUAAUGAAUCAUUUACAGGAAACUGCACUUAAUCAUGUUAAGAUUGUGGGGCUUCUUGGUGAUGGCUUUGGUUCUACGCCUGAAAUGUGCAAAAAGAACUUGAUAUGGGUAGUUGCGCGGAUGCAAGUUGUUGUUGAUCGUUAUCCUACGUGGGGAGAUGUUGUUCAUGUAGAAACUUGGGUGUCUGCAUCGGGCAAGAAUGGUAUGCGUCGUGAUUGGCUUUUACGCGACUAUAAUACUGGUGAAGUCUUGACGAGAGCCUCUAGGUAGAAAUCGUUUUCUGCAGUUCUUC